CUAUAAGAUGCUUUUAUUCCUUUAAAGAUAUAUGCAUCUAAAUAAUGAUGCAUUCCGCGCCAGCGAGUGCAAAAUAAACGUUGAUAACGUUAUCAAAAUGAACGUUUCCAGAUGGGCCAUUCCUCUCCUGCUAUUGUGUGUCCUGGUAACGGAAGUUGCUCUGGAGACUGAGGCAACAAAUAGGUUGUCUAUCAGCGACAUCAACCAAGCAAAAUCUGAGAUCGAUCCAGUGGAUGCUAAGGAGCAAACAACAGCAAAUAAUUCAGACAGCCUGAAGCAGGACCGUAAUCAUUGUCCACCAGAAGAAUGUGCGAGAAGCUUGGUAAGGGUACCUGACAGAAGGCUGCAACGGUGGUGAAGAUGAGAUAAAAAUGACUAUGGUAAAAAAAAUAUAUAUAGAUGGAACAUUUGAAGAACAAAGGCACUCUACUAUCUUUUACUAUCAGAUUAUUGUAACAAUACACAUAAUUUCUAUUAAA